GAGGAGAGCGGCGCCCAGGAGAGCCCCGCUGCUGCCCAUCCAACCCGCCCCCCCCCUUUUUUUUUUCUCCCCAGCCCAGCAUGGCUUCGGGGGACCUUUACGAGGUUGAAAGGAUUGUAGACAAAAGGAAGAAUAAAAAGGGCAAAUGGGAAUAUCUUAUACGGUGGAAAGGUUAUGGAAGCAAUGAAGACACAUGGGAACCAGAGCAUCACUUAUUGCACUGUGAGGAAUUCAUUGAUGAAUUCAAUGGACUGCACGUCACGAGGGAAAAGCGAGCUAAACACGGGAAACAAGCCAACGUGCCCAAAUUUUUACGUGAAAGCCGGGGGUCAUCUCUGGACAAAAUAACCCACAGACCCUCAGACUCUGGGAAAAGCAAAGGACUCUCCCAUAAAAGGAAGCGCAUGACUUCCACCUUUCAGAAGCCAAAAAAAAGCUAUGGAGCGAAAGCUGCCUCUUCCAACGACAGAGCUGCUAAAACCGUAUCAUACCGGACUACGCCCAGUGGCUUGCAAAUCAUGCCUCUGAAAAAGCCACACAACGGCUUGCAGAAUGGAGAUGCCACUUUUGAGAAGGAUUCUGCUCACUUGGGAAAUGGCUCUCAAAAGGCCAACGAGGAUCUGAAUGAACCUGAAGGAGAAGCCAAUUUGCCCGGCAUUCUCGAAGAGAACAACGAGGCGCCCAUCAUGAAUGGUAUCAGUUCCUCUCUUGCAAAUGGAGGCCUGACUCUUCAUACCACUGUGAAACGGAAACUGGAGAGUGAAAAGGGUUACGUCUUCGAUAAGAGACUCAGGUACAGCGUGCGUCAGAAUGAAAGCAACUGUCGGUUUAGAGACAUUGUUGUACGCAAAGAAGAUGGAUUCACACACAUCCUCCUGUCCAGUCAGACCUCAGAUAACAAUGCACUGACUCCAGAGAUUAUGAAGGAGGUCCGAAGAGCUCUUUGCAAUGCAUCCGCUGAUGAUAGCAAGCUCCUGUUACUCAGUGCCGUAGGCAGUGUGUUUUGUAGCGGCUUGGACUAUUCUUACCUGAUUGGAAGGUUAUCCAGCGACCGAAGGAAAGAAAGCACCCGGAUCGCUGAGGCUAUAAGGGAUUUUGUGAAAGCCUUUAUUCAGUUUAAGAAGCCCAUUGUGGUUGCCAUCAAUGGCCCUGCUCUUGGCUUGGGAGCGUCAAUUUUACCACUCUGCGACAUUGUGUGGGCAAGUGAAAAGGCCUGGUUCCAAACACCCUACGCAACCAUUCGGCUCACUCCUGCAGGCUGUUCGUCGUACACAUUUCCACAGAUAUUGGGUGUGGCUCUGGCCAAUGAGAUGUUGUUUUGUGGAAGGAAGCUGACAGCGCAAGAGGCUUGCAGCAGAGGACUCGUCUCACAAGUCUUUUGGCCCACCACAUUUGGGCAAGAAGUGAUGCUGAGGGUAAAAGAAAUGGCGUCCUGCAGUGCUGUGGUUUUAGAAGAAUCGAAAUGCCUGGUUCGGAGUUUUCUAAAAUCUGGCCUUGAAGAUGUAAAUGAGAAAGAAUGUCAGAUGUUAAAGCAGCUCUGGAGCUCUUCCAAAGGACUAGAUUCAUUGUUCAGCUAUCUCCAAGACAAGAUCUAUGAAGUUUGACAUUGCUGAAGGAAAAAAAAAGAAUGUUCUGGGAUCAAAGAGAUUUCAGAUGUCUCUGGGUUUGAGAAGAAUCAUAUGAAAGCCAAAACCAAGAUCCAGCAAAUCCUCCUGGAGGCGUAUCUAACAUCUCUGAGGUUGCAUCGGUUUCCUUGUUGUGUUCAACAAUUCUUCCUAGCAGGAUUGAUUUUUCUUUGUGGAAGGAAAGAAAGAGUUGCAUUUGGCAAGAGUUGCAUUUGAACACCCAUGUGGCUGGAAAGAAACAUACAUUCCAUGUGCCAGAAGCGCUAGACACACCACAAAUCUUACUCCUUUGGUCUUCUUUUUUUAUUAUUAUUAUUAAUUAAUUAACUUAUUCCCAUUUGCUAUAAGCAGUUUGUCAUGGCAUCAGUCCUUAUGACUCUGUUUAGAAUUCAGCUGUUUAUCUGGCCCGCUUUAAGAUGUCCAUAUUUUUGGUUUGUUCCACCAUUAACAAUCGAAGACGUGGUAUGUGGGGGAUAUCAUUUAUAAUGGCUGAUGGAUAAAAAAAUAAUAAUGUUGCAAAAAAACGAGGAAGAAGAACUUUCAAAAUAUCCUACCUGGAUUGGAUCGCUUUCCCCUUUUGGUUCAAUUUAUUUAAUUAAUUUAUUUAUGUUUGUGUGUCUCUGUGAUAUGGAUAUGAAUAUAUGGGGGGGGGGAGUGUGAGUGUGUAUGUGUAUGCAUGUAUAUGUAUAUGUGUG